AUGGCCCCAGUUACUAUUACAGCUGCUAAUCUGUCUGGUGGUAACGAAACGAAAGCCACCGCAAAGAAAAGGCAUCAUGCAACCGGCACAACUAGUGGAACUACUGCCAGUGCAAACGGAAAACAUUUUUCAGUUGGUUCGAGUCACCGGCGCCAUUCUCACAGCAAUUCAUCUGCCUCGUCUGUGGUUUCCGGGACCGGCGAUCCCAUUGACCCGUAUGAGUUUGCUGUGAAAACGGAUGAUGAUGAGGUGAAUACUUGUGGGAUUAACACAACCGUGGCGCCUAUGAAACGAAUGAAACUAGAUAAAGUAAGUACUCAAUAA